AGGCUCCUGGAGAUCACCGAAGGGUCAGAAUUCCUGAGGCUGCAGGUGGAGGGAGGUGGAUGCUCCGGGUUCCAGUACAAAUUUUCACUGGACACGGUCAUCAACGCGGACGACAGGGUGUUUGAACAGGGUGGGGCCAGAGUGGUGGUUGACUCUGAUAGCCUGGCCUUCGUGAAGGGCGCCCAGGUGGACUUCAGCCGAGAACUGAUCCGAAGCUCAUUUCAAGUGUUGAACAACCCUCAAGCACAGCAAGGCUGCUCCUGUGGGUCGUCCUUCUCUAUCAAACUGUGACGAGAUGCCGGGCCCUGAGGUUGCCACCAGCUGUAGUAAUGAGAAACCCGGGAGUGGUAGAAUUCUAGAGGCUUCUGAUCAUAUCCUUUUCUCAAUUUUAUUCUCCUUCAUCCAGGAAUGUGUGUUUUGCCACUAUUAUUUUAAAAAUGUGAAGCUUUCACUCUUGGCCAAAAUAGCCUCCCUCCACCUGCCUUCUACAUGACACUAAGGCCAAGCUUCCAAAUGUUACCUCAGGCUCAGUUACUGCUUGAAACCCGGUAGAGCCGGGCGUGGUCCUGCUGGGAAGAAAGAAGGUGCACCUCUGCCCUCAGAGGGCUGUUGGUGUUGAUGAUAGUGCGGGGGAGGCUGAGGCAGGAGGAUCACUGUGAGUUCAAGGGCAGCCUGGGCUACAUGGUGAGUUCAGGACCAGCCUGAACUGCAUAGCAAGACCCUACCUCAAAAACAAACAAAAAAACCCCCAAUAUUAUGUAUAGAGCCUCAGAGCCCCAAAAUUUAGAGUGACUUUUUUGGCCUUCAAAACUGCUUAUACGUGCUUGUCUAACUAUGUAUAAAAACUCAUUGUAAAGAAAGUCCUUACUUACUUGUGUUCUAAAUGUGGGUCACAGAUUAGGGAGUUUGCACACCAGUUACUAGACCAGAACAGACGAGAAUGGGCAAAUGAAAUGUCCUUCUCAUCUCACACAUCUCGAAUGUGUUACUGUCCCUGCUAUUUUCUAACAUUGCCCGUUUGCCUCUUCCCGUGUGAUAGCGCGGCUGCAUUUUAUUGUCGUGCUUGUCAGUCUGCCAGGUUCAUAAAACCAGGAGCCUCUCUGCCAGAAGGCUUGGCCCAAACCCUGCUGGUACCGAAUUACUUGAAGAGGAGCUUCUCUGUACUCACAUAGACACUGAAGAAUCUGACCGUUCUGUGUCUGCAUCUUUUCAGGAAAUGUUGCUUCACCCGUCUUACUGUGGAAAAUGUCUUUGGUGUCAUGCAGAGCAGGCAGCAGUUGCUUCCCUAUGGUAGAUAGUAGACAGCGGCCUGUGGGUUAGAACGCCGGAUGCCUGGGUGUAUUUGCAUUUCAGAUAAACAGUAGCUCCUGCA